CAUCCCAUUGGCCGUUAGUCGUUCGUUUCGAAUCGUAUUUCGUAUGGUCAAGGUCCCCAUAAUAAUCAGCGAUCAAUUCACCAAACCCCUUCGUAUUCCAUUUCAUGAUUCCACGAGGGAUGCUGGCAGUCCAAAGUCCGAAUUACGCUGGCUCCGUGUCUGUCGCGUCCCAGAGCGACGAACUCACAGAGGGACUGCGUAGGAUCGGAUUUGUUGGGUAGGGAAACGGCUUGUUCUUCGCGGAGUGGUGUUGCCGCAGAAAACAUAUUCCAGGGUCAAGGUACCAAGCAGUCGUUAGUCGUGGCUUUGAUACCUGAAUAUCGAUGGAGAAUGCGGAGCCGCCGCCUCCUCCUCCUCCUCCUCCCUCUCCUCAUUCAUUCAAUCUUCUGUUGAAGUGCCCCACUGGUCUCUUACCCUCACAGGUUUCCGUGGACUUUAGUGCAUCUUACGACAGGAUUCCGCACCAAGACACCGACUUGGAGAACACCAUUGCUGAGAUAUGGGAUCGACGGAUUAGAGAGAACCCAUCUCUGUACGAUGGUAAAAAAUUUAGGUAUGGGGGGCUUGUAUUGUAUAAGCAUGGUGAUUUGAACCAAGUGUCCCAUGUAUGCCUUCAACUUGGUUUGACCGAUUACAGGACUUUUGUCGGCACAAAUUUAAAUCCGCUAUGGGAGAAGUUCCUUGUUCCUUCAGAAGAUGACUCAGUUCAUUGUCAACACACCUCAAGUCCCUUGGGUAAUGGUGCAGUUGUAGAGACAGCUGAUAAAAGGAUCGUCGUCUUGCAAAGAAGCAAUAAUGUAGGAGAAUUUCCUGGACAUUUUGUUUUCCCAGGAGGCCAUCCAGAGCCACAUGAAAUUGGAAUAUUAGCCCAUCAACAUGAAAAGGACUCAACAGAUUUCAGGCAUAUAAGCGAGGGGGUUUCACAGGAAAUGUUUGACAGCAUUAUACGUGAAGUAGUUGAAGAAAUUGGAGUGCCUGCACCAUCUCUGAGCAAUCCUGUCUUUAUCGGUAUAUCUCGCAGGGAGUUGAAUGUCAGACCAACUGCUUUUUUCUUUAUUAGAUGUAAUCUUGAGUCGCAGGAAAUUCAACAACUAUAUUGCAAUGCACAGGAUGGCUAUGAGUCAACACAGCUCUACUUUGUUUCAAUGAGUGAGUUGGAGAACAUGACAUCUAAAAUGCCUGGCUGCCACGCUGGUGGAUUUGCUCUCUACACGUUGAUGGUAGAAGCUUUGAUGGGCAUCUGAUUGAGAAGAGAAGCCCAGAGCUGCUGCUCCUAUCAAGGUUAUCACCCUUAUUGAUAUGGUUUCCAAUGGAACUAUUUGACCAUUUUCUGUUGUGGAGCCCAUAAUUUUAUAUAGUUAUGAGGUUUAUACAGGUGAAUUGCUUCAUAUAUUCCCUUUGUGUAUGGGUAGACAAUAAAGCAUCCUUCAUAUUCUAGCUGUGGCAGCA